AAUAAUAAUAAUAAUAAUAAUAAUAAUAAUAAUAAUAAUAAUAAUAAUAAUAAUAAUAAUAAUAAUAAUAAUAAUAAUAAUAAUAAUAAUAAUAAUAAUAAUAAUAAUAAUAAUAAUAAUAAUAAUAAUAAUAAUAAUAAUAAUAAUAAUAAUAAUAAUAAUAAUAAUAAUAAUAAUAAUAAUAAUAAUAAUAAUAAUAAUAAUAAUAAUAAUAAUAAUAAUAAUAAUAAUAAUAAUAAUAAUAAUAAUAAUAAUAAUAAUAAUAAUAAUAAUAAUAAUAAUAAUAAUAAUAAUAAUAAUAAUAAUAAUAAUAAUAAUAAUAAUAAUAAUAAUAAUAAUAAUAAUAAUAAUAAUAAUAAUAAUAAUAAUAAUAAUAAUAAUAAUAAUAAUAAUAAUAAUAAUAAUAAUAAUAAUAAUAAUAAUAAUAAUAAUAAUAAUAAUAAUAAUAAUAAUAAUAAUAAUAAUAAUAAUAAUAAUAAUAAUAAUAAUAAUAAUAAUAAUAAUAAUAAUAAUAAUAAUAAUAAUAAUAAUAAUAAUAAUAAUAAUAAUAAUAAUAAUAAUAAUAAUAAUAAUAAUAAUAAUAAUAAUAAUAAUAAUAAUAAUAAUAAUAAUAAUAAUAAUAAUAAUAAUAAUAAUAAUAAUAAUAAUAAUAAUAAUAAUAAUAAUAAUAAUAAUAAUAAUAAUAAUAAUAAUAAUAAUAAUAAUAAUAAUAAUAAUAAUAAUAAUAAUAAUAAUAAUAAUAAUAAUAAUAAUAAUAAUAAUAAUAAUAAUAAUAAUAAUAAUAAUAAUAAUAAU